ACAGGUAAACACAACAUCAAGUCAGAUGAAUGAAAGAGACAAGAAAGCUUCAAAUAGUUAUUUUCAAAAAUUUUCGUUCAUUCGGUUUUCACAUUGUGAUCAUCAGGUGUUUGUAUGGCAAUGGCGCCCGAAACAAACAAUUGUGUUUUUCACAAAAGGCAGAUGUUUUGUCUCUAGUUCUCUAUUCUAUUGUUGAUAUAAUUUGAAACGAAAAAAUAAUCGUCAUUUUGAAGACGAUUUGACAGCCAUUAAUUAUUGGAAUUUGAAUCAAUUCUUGAAAUUUCUUCAUUUGUUCAUCGGAAUCAAUCAUCAAGAGAGUUAUCAACAAAAUGAUGAAUUAUGAUAUGAGAAAUACAUCACCAGCUGAAACUAAUGAAACGAUUACAAUGCCACAUGUAUUGGAAUUGGUUGGUGUUUGUCAUUCUGGUCCAAUAACGCCUAAUCGACUUUCAUUAUGGAAUAAAUGGACCAAUUAUCCACCAUCUGGUCUAAUACUUAAAGAUGUAUCAUUUGAGGUCCAUUCGGGUGAGAUGAUGGCCAUUCUUGGUAGCAAAGGAUCAGGGAAAAAAGCACUUUUAGAAUUGAUUAGUCACCGUAUAAAUCAACAAAGUAGUACACGAGGACAGAUUCUACUCAAUGAUGUACCGCUAACGUUGAGAGUGUUUCAGGAACAAUGUGGAUUUAUUUCACGAAGAACCGAACUUAUUGAAGGUCUUUCUGUUCGUCAAACAUUGGCGUAUAUGGCAAAAAUGACAAUCCGACAACCGAUACCACGACGUCUUCCAGAUGGAUCAUAUAUGACAAUUCGAUUCCGUGUGAAACAAGUGAUGGCCGAUACGGCAUUAUCAAGUUUAGCCAAUUAUGAUGUCUGUGAAUUGAAUGAAGCUGAACGAAGACGAUUAAUCAUAGCUAUGCAUUUGAUACGUGAUCCAUUAUUAUUGGUGUUGGAUAAUCCUACCAGUGAUCUUAGUGCAUUGGAUUCAUAUUUCAUAAUAUCAAUGCUUUCCAAUCAUUGCCGUAAAUAUCAACGAAUCAUUUUGUUCACAAUCGAUAAACCACGUUCAGAUAUAUUUCCAUUCGUUGAUCGAGUUACAUUUCUUUGUCUUGGUGAUAUCGUUUACAGUGGAAGCACAAGAAUGAUGAUGGAUUAUUUUAGUAAUAUUGGUUUUCCGUGUCCAGAAUUGGAGAAUCCAUUGAUGUAUUACUUAUGUCUAUCAACAGUUGAUCGACGAUCCAGAGAACGAUUCAUUGAAUCAUCAGCACAGAUAGCAGCAUUGGUGGAUAAAUUUAAAAUCGAUGGCCAUGAUUAUCGUAAAUACAAUACACCAUAUUCAAAAAUGAAUGCAUUGAGCAUUCCAUUAACCGCUUAUGGUAAAGCAUCAGCAUGGAAUGUUAUAUCCACAUUGAUUGUUCGACAAUUUUGUUCGAAUCUAAUUAUGAAACGUUUGUUCCUGAAAUUGGGACUUAUUCCAUUGUUCUGUAUAUUUAUGUAUACAUUCAUAUUGCCAUCGUUGGAUGAAACACAAAAUUCAUUUCAAACACGAAGUUAUAUCAUUUUCAAUUUGAUGGCCGCAAUCACAUUGAUGACACCGAUAAUUACAUCAUAUUAUUUUUCUCAACAUCGAAAUCGUUUCUAUGAAGAUUCAUCACGUCUAUCGAUAUAUCGUGGACCAUCAUUAAUAGUAACGAACAUUAUAGCAAACAUACCGUUGACCAUGUUGAAUAUAUUCAUUGCCGGUAGUAUCACGUAUUGGACAACACCGUUUCGUAUCGAUAAUUAUUGGAUGGAACGAUGGAUCAUUUUCUGUUCGGUACUUUGGGGUGUUUAUACGUUUGUUGAACAAUUUACAAUGGCCAUUAUGUGUUUCGUAAAAUCACCGUUUAAAGCAUCGCUGGCUUCAUGUUAUUUUCUUACACCAUGGUUGAUUAUCGGUAGUACAACAUUACGAUCAAUGUUAGCAUCACCAAAUAUUUACUAUUAUAUCAAUUGGCUUAAUAUUUAUUAUUGGGCUGGAUGGACAUUGAAUUUUAUGGAAUUUCAAUUCAAUACUGAUCUUGUACGUGUACCACAUGUAUCGACAAAUAAUACGAUUGAAUUGUGUAGCGCCAAUAUUGUACCUGGUAAAUGUAUGUUUCUUUCGGGUAAUCAUUAUCUGGAUCAACGUUUCAAAGAUAUCAAAGAUAUACCAGAAUGGUCGUUGAUUUUUUGGAAAAAUUUUGCAUUCAUUUUCAUUUUUGCCAUUGGAUCAUAUCUUAUUAAUACUGUUAUCUAUGUAAUUCCAUUACCAGCUUCAUUGAAAGCUAAAUUUCGAGAUUAAAUCAGAAUAAUAAAUAUAUUUUUUUUCCACAAUAAAAAAUCAAAAUAAAAAACAAAACAAUCGA